GUUUCUUGAGUGUUGAACCCGUGAUAGUCAUAAGACCCAGACACAAAUGGUUAUGAGAGAAAAGCAACCACUGCAUUCACACACCAGAGAGCCCUCCAUUGCGAGUAAAAGCUGGUUGUGCGAGUUCGGAAAAAAAAUGCCCCGAUCUGGCUCAUCGCAUACCCUAGGGGCAGACAGCAGAGGCCGGCCAACCUACGGGCUCAGCUCCGAGGGGACUGCUGGCAUUGUUGUUCUUGCUGUAUUAGCUGCCCUUAUUCUAAUAAUUGGCUGCUGGUACUUUAAGAAGCGAAGUGGCUACAAAGUAGUUGGGAGUCGCUACUUGAAUCCAUUUGCAAUCCAGUCGAUGUUUGGCACAUCACGAGAGACAGGGGAGUGUAAAGUGCCAUUACAGGAUUACAGCACCUUGACCAAUAUGAUACCUGGUGCCCCUCCUGCAUAUGAGAAGAUCUCUGCAGAGACUCGGCCUCCACCUUAUACACCAUAAGCUAAACACUAGCUAUCAAGAUUGUUCUCAAUGGUACUGGCUUGGUCUGAACUAAUAAAGAUAUCUGACAAUA